UAACUGCUCGGCACGGCGUCCAGCCUCCUUUCAUCAACCGAAAAAGAUAUUAUGCGAUAGCACUACCAUGAGAGAGGUGAUAACAAAGUGUCCGUGGCGCCUUUAAAACACAAACAAAGAUGGAGGACGACCUGGCGUCGGAGGAUGAUAUCCUGCUGUGGUCAGAAAAGGAGUUCCACGAUGCUGCGAAGAGGAACGACCCCGAGAAAAUGCAAGAACUGAUCAAGAAAGGUGUGGACGUCCAGGCCAAAAAUAAAAUAGACCGUAAAGCCCUGCACUGGGCAGCAGGAGCUGGGAACGAAGAGGCUCUACGUCUCCUACUGGCCCAUGACCCGGAAGUUGACGAGAGGGACGCUUUUGGCAUGAAUGCUCUGCUUCUGGCAUCGUGGUUUGGUCACCUAAAAGUCCUGCAGAUCCUGGUGUCCUGUGGAGCAAAGCUCAGCUGUGAGAACAAAGAUGGUCUGAGUAUGCUGCACUGUGCGGCCCAGCGAGGCCACAUCAGAGUGCUGGAGUUCAUCAUGGAGGACCUGGAAGACAUCUGUCUCGACAGAGUUGACAAGUUAGGGAAGACAGCGCUUCACCUGGCUGCUGAACAUGGACAGUUUGAAGUGGUGGAGUUUCUGAUUGGAAUGGGCUGCACACAUGGUUUAAAGGACAAGGAAGAGAACACAGCCGUGCAUCUAGCAGCCAAGUGUGGGCACACUGAGGUCCUGCAGAAGUUGGUGGAGACCGGCGUGGAUGUGGACGAGAGAAACAUCGAGGGUCUCACAGCGUUGCACCUGGCAGCUGAUGGAGGUCACUACGAGUGUGUCAAACUGCUGCUGGAGUCCGGCUGUAAUGCCAAUGCACUAACUAAUAAGAAUAGGACUGCUCUCCAUUGUAUGGCUCAGCAUGGCUUCGACAGAGAGGCCCGUUUGCUGCUGGAGGCGGGAAUCAACAGAGAUGCUGUAGACAAUCAACACAACACAGCACUGCACUUAGCUGUGUUCAACAACCACCCCGAGGUUUUACGGCUGCUUAUAGAUGCUGACUGUGACCUGGACAUGACUGACAGUAGACAACAGACUGCGUUGCACCUGGCAGCAGAGCACGGCUGGCAGGACAUGGCUGAGAUGAUGCUGAUCUCUGGAGUUAACCUCAAUCUGACCGACAAGCAGGGGAAACGGUGUCUGGAGGUGGCCGCCAGAGGAAACCAUGUCAUCCUGGUCGACAUGAUCAUCAAAGCUGACCGCUUUUAUAAAUGGGAGAAGGAUCAGAUGGGCAGUGAGCAGGACUCCUGGGUGGGAAAGCCUCUGAGCUUCAAGCAGGACCAUCAACCAGAGACGCAGCACCUCCGGUCGGUCCUGUGGAGCCUGGCCACCAAGCACCUGUGCCGCGGGGAGUGGAAGAUCCUGGCUCAACACUGGGACUUCAGCGACGCGCACAUACGAGCUAUAGAGCAACAGUGGACAGGUAUGAAAAGCUUCAAAGAGCAUGGCCACCGAAUGCUGUUAAUCUGGCUUCAUGGAGUGGUGAUGGCGGGGGAGAACCCGAUCAAAAGCCUCUACGAGGGGCUGGUGGAAAUCUCACGGACGGACUUGGCAGAGUGCAUUCGGCAGAAGGCAAAUGCAGAGACCACCUCUCCCAAAAUGUGCUCUGCAAUGUGAUCAACACUGUGAGAGACUGCGAAGGCAACACAACUCAUCCAAGGUUUCAGUUCACUUCAGAACUUUAUUGAACUGCCCAGAACUGAGCCCAUGAAAAAAAGCUUUGUACUAUCCAUGGCAUGACUUGUUUACAUAUUCACACAGAGAAUAUACUGUGAUUGUUCUGAAUUUAGUUCACAGAGAAUUUAUUUUCCUUUAGGGUCAGGAACAUGGUGGUUGUAAACCUGUGAAAUACCUGGUGAAAAUGUACAAAUCCAUUUAUUUGUUGGUUUUAUUAAUGCAUGAAGUGCAUUUCUGCUGGCACUACUCAUAUUGAAUUGUUUCUCAGUUAUCUGUACACUAAGGGCUUUUCAGCACAUUCAGCUUAAUAUAAUGUGAUGAUUUCUCCUGCAAUGUUUCACCAAGUUCCUCUUCCUCAAAGCUACAUUGAGGGAUAUAGGAGGGGGAGCUAAUACUGCGUUCCAUUUACCUCGGAACUCCGAAGCCGGAGCUGGAAAUUACGUCACAGCCGAGUUGAAUGCGUUCCAUUAAAACAUAUUGGAUUUCACAGUGGGGUUAGCUCUAUCAAGGUUAGCCAUUGUUAGCAAUAACAGUUGAUAACAACACAUUACACUGUAUUUCUUUGCAUACAAACAGUGUAACAACAUGUCCAAAGAUAGAAGUUGGACAGGACUGUGUGCAAGACUGAUUUAAUGAGACACAAGUAAGACAGAAGAGCUAAUAAACUGUAUGCUACUACAGCUUUCACUGCUGUUGAUGCAAGGGGCAGCGGCAUGUUGGAUUUCUCAGGGUGCUCCGACUUUCCGAUUCCAAAAUCUGACUUCAAGGGGCGUUCCUUUUGAAAUUCUGACUUCCAAAUACAAAUGGAACGCACCAUAAGGCUCCAAAACACACUACGAAACUAUUUGUUAUGGCUAAUAUGUUAUAGGAGCAAAGAGUUGCCCAUUUCAGCAUCCAGCAGACACUGAUGAACAAGUGAUACUCUGCCGGUCUGAGCUAGUUUGGAAAAGACUCUGUGUUUGCGUUUAUUCGGAAGCCUGACCAGAGUGACUAGGAAGGUGAUCGGAGGCUGGAUUAUGCUCGUUCAAAAUGAGUUCUUGU